AAAAAAAAGAACGAAGACACGGGGGGGGGAGAGAAAGCUGUAGGUACCGGAAGCGGUGAACUUCCUCGAUUAGUCCCUUCUGCAUCAUCUGCCCGUUGGUCGGCGCAUAAUAUGACAAAUUACCCGAGUUGUCUCCCUUGGUGGAAAAAUUUACGACAAGCAACGCCAUUUUUUUUCCCCCACCACUAAUUUUCAUUACAGAACCUUUGACACAUACACACACCUAUAUACACGCGUAUAUAUACACAUAUCUGUCUGCCUACGAACACAUAUACACACCUAGAUACACAUAUACCCGUAUAUACGUACAUCUAUGCCUGCUACGGUGCGUUGAUCGCGAAUUACAUACUCCCACACUUCCCACAAUACGUCUUUAUGUCUUAGCAGAGAGAAUCCCUUUCUUCUUUCGUCCCCUUCUACGUCUUAACACAUGUUCCGAUGUCGUUAGGCUCGGACGGAGGUCUUACACGAAGCCAACGGCCAAGCUUCUGCCUCUGCUCGACGGAUUGAUGUCGGCCCAUGCUGGAGGUUACUACGUUUUUACCAACUUCUUUCUCUCUUCCUUGGUAUGGAGUCUGUGGAAAAAAGAAACAGCCGUGUAAUGUUUGAAGAAAUCUGAAACAAAGAAAGAAAAGAAGAACAACAGCAACAAUAAUAAUAAUAAAAGUGAGCUAUGGGAAAAAGUUUGAAGUGCACCAGCUGUGAGAAAACGUUCAAAUAUAAUUAUUUGUUACUUCAGCACCUGAAGAGCCAUUCCAGUGACGGUCCAUUGUAUCCUUGCAGUUGUUGUCCACAGAUAUUUUCCGAUUUUGAGCAGUUCUCCACUCACCAGCUGAUCCACAGCACGGACACGAGGGAGAAGAAUUAUAUUCCGAAUUUCCAAAGCACUGCUUACCUGGGCAUGAACGACAGCGUGAGUAUGAACGUGGGGAAACUUCAGCAACAUCAUCAACAACAGCAGCAGCAGCAGCGAAUGGGGUCGCUUCCAGGACAGACCUCGACUUCGUCGUCCAAGUGCCAGAUGUGUUAUCGCAGCUUUGACAGCUUCGAAGAACUCAACGAGCACAUGGUUGUGCACGUCCUCGGUGGCUCCGGGGUGCCGUCGCCCCUCGACAGCAACAUGACCUACCCCAAGUAUUACGUGGAGAACAACUUUGGAAACAGCAGCAGCAUUGGCGGUGGUGGGAGUAGUACUACGGCCAGCACGCCUGAGCCGCCGAGCAAUGACAUUACGUCAAACAGAGCCGGGUUGAGAGACAGGCCCCGCGUUGGCAUCAAGCAGUGCCAAAAUUGUGAGAAGAGCUUCAAGAACCUCUCUGAACUGCAGUCACACGAGUGUAUGUACUCGGGCGAGAGGCUUUUCAAGUGUGAGUACUGCGGGGCUUCGUUUACAGACAGCGUGAAGCUCGACCAACACGUGAAGACGCACUCACAGUCGCAGCCCCAGGGUCGGCUGUUGAAGUGCACCUUCUGCAACCGGGCGUUCGCCGAGGCCGGGAAACUGCAACGGCACCAGCGAACACACACGGGGGACCGGCCCUACAAAUGCACGCGCUGUCAGAAGCAGUUCCGCACGUCUGGCGCACUGAACGUGCACCAGCGGAUUCAUACCGGGGCGAGACCCUAUCAGUGUGACCAGUGCGGAGACACGUUCACAACUUCGAGCAGCCUGGUGGCGCAUAAGCGCACACACAGCGGGGAGCGGCCCUUCCGCUGUUCACUGUGUCCAAAGGCGUUCACGACAUCCGGUAACCUUACUGUGCAUUUGCGGUCGCACACCGACGAGAAACCCUACCAUGCGACGUGUGCCGCAAGGCGUUCACCACGUACGGCAACCUCAACGUGCACCUGCGCACGCACACGGGGGAGCGGCCGUUCAAGUGCGACUUCUGCCAGAAGACCUUCUCCGUGUCCGGAAACCUCAGCGUCCACCUCAAGACCCACAACAAGUCCUCGGCGUCGUUGACGACCACGAAAUCCCUUAGCAACGAUGAGCAGCAGCAGCAGAUGCAACAACAAAUGCUGCAGCAGCACCAAAGCGGGAACAACAACAACAGCAGCAGCAACAAUGGUGGUGAUGAGGGAGAGAAUGAAAUCUGCGAAGAGGAAGAGGACGACGAAGAGGAAGAAGAGGACAUCGAAGAGGUGGAGGAGGAGGAAGACGAGGACGACAUCUCCGGCACGACGCCCGUCUAUGACAUCAUGAAAUCAUCGUUUACAUCUUGACUGAUCUGAUAAAUUACAAAAGAAAAGAAAAAGAAAGGAAAGAAAAAAUACAUAAAUAUCAAAAACAAAAUAACAUAAACAAACAGAAAACAAACAAAGCAAAAAAUUUAUUUAUUUGAUUAAUUUUUAUUUAUUUUAGUCAUUAAUUACCUUUUUACCAUUUUUAUUUCAUGUUUUAAGAUGAAAUAAUGUGUCGUAAGUGCUAUCAAAACUGGAUUGUUUUUUUCUAUUUUCUUGUAUACAUACAUCUCUCUCUCUGAGGAAUUUCUGACUAAGAGUAACAACGUAUUGGAAUUAACACGCCCCCAAUUAAUAAUUCCUUUAACGAAUGGAAUUGUCAAAUAACUGAUUCUAAUUGUCAUACCAUUUUUAAAAAGUAUAAAAACUCAAUUUUAAAA